AUGAGUGAGGGUGAGGUAAGAGAUAUUAAUGUUGAUGUUAAUGGGGCUGAGGGUAUGAGUGAGGGUGAGGUAGGAGAUAAUAAUGUUGAUGUUAAUGGGGCUGAGGAUAUGAGUGGGGGUGAGUAUGACAAUACCUUAGAUGUUGUCUUUCAAUACUCAAAUGAAGACAAUGAUGGUUUAGUGGAAGAGGAUAUUACACAUCUAUUGGGUUAUGACAAAGAGGCAGAAGGUAAAGACAAAAAACAUAGUGAGGAAUAUGAAUGUGCUAGUGAGGAAUUGGAGAGUGGGUGUGAAACUGAUGAUGAAAGUAACUGUCAUAGGAAGAAGUAUCAUGUUUUCAAAAUGCCCCAAAACAUGUUAGAUUACAAAUGGGAAUUAGGAACCUAUUUUGCAGCAAAGAAUGAUUUUAAGGAGGCAAUUACUUCAUAUGCAGUUCAGUUAGGAAGGGAUUUGAGGUUCUCUAAAAAUGAUAAACAAAGGGUAAGAGUGAUAUGUAAAGAAGGGUGUGAUUGGAAUGCAUACUGUGGCAAGUUACCAUAUGAAGAUUCUUGGAAAUUGAGGAAAUUAGUGGAUAAGCAUAAUUGUAGUGGAUCAUAUAAUAUGAAGCUCAUGACUACAAAAUGGUUAAGUAAAAGAAUUCAAAAAUCUUUGAAAGAUAAUCCAAAUCUGAAAAUCAGGGACAUCAAGGAAAAAGCCCAAAGGAAAUUGAAUGUUGGUGUAAGCAAGACUAAGGCUAUUAGUGUUAGGUGUGCAACAAGAGGAUUAGUUGAUGUCUCCUUUCUAGAACAAUAUACAAUAAUUUAUGAUUAUGCACAUGAAAUCCUUAAAAUAAACCCUGGUUCAACUAUCAAGAUUAAUGUUCAACCUGUUCCAGAUAAUGUAAGUGAUAGUAUGUCUCACUUCCAAAGGAUCUACAUUUAUUAUGCAACUUACAAAGAGAGUUUCAAAUUAUGUAGACCUAUAAUUGGGCUUGAUGGCUGUUUUUUUAAGGGUCUGUGUGGAGGGCAAAUAUUGGAAGCCAUAGAAAGAAAUCCAAACGACCAAAUGAUGCCAAUAGCCUUUGCAAUUGUUGAAGGUGAAACAAAGGACAGUUGGACAUGA